CCGUCGCAUACUGAAAACGGUCUAUAGUUUUAGAAACUUCGAGCUGAUAACAGUUUGUUAGAUUCCGUAUUAAUGCUUCGGAUACUGGCGGCCUGUGAUAGAAUUAUAUUGCAUCUCUGACUGUUGAAGGGAGGGAGAGGGACACGUUUUCCACGAGUUUGACUGAGCCCCAAGUAACAAUGUUGAUAGAAAAUCGGGACUCGAUAGAGCAGUGUUCCCAGGCCGUACUGGACCUCGAUCGGGACGCCAAUAUAAUCUGUGUCUAUGGAAAGGUGGACAGCGUUAGGUCUGCCGAGUUAAUGAUAAAUAUGACGUUAAAUAAAAGUGCGGUUAAUUCUCGCUUGAACAUACGACAAAGAGGAGGUGUCGUCGAAAGUGACGAUUUUUUAGCAAGUACUAAAGAAAACACGUUAAAGCCGAAACCGGAAAUGAGGACUUUGGAAGAUUGUACUGACGAUGACGAUGCAGUGUGUUGUAGUGAAAAUGUGCAAUCUCUUGCAAGUGAAGACGAUUCGAGUUUGCAGAUUGACAGUGAACCAGCGUGUCAUUCCUUUGUUCAUGUGGACUUUUCCGAUAACUUCUUAAAACGAGGUUGUGAUUUCGUUCCAACACGAGAUUUAGACGAUGUUAGUGAUUUGACCAUCGACACAGACAUACUUAGAGAUGAAUUAAGCACACAAUCAGACGCACAUCACAUCGAUAAACAGUUAACGCAUCUCAAUCUAUCUAGUCCUCAUGGCGAACUAAAGAGCUCUUCUGACGAAGAGGUUUGGGGACACAGUGGUGGCGAAUAUAGCGGGAAGGUGGAAUUCGCCUUAAAGUUGGGUUAUACAGAAAGUCAACUAACAACUGUAAUGAAUAAACUAGGUCAUGAAGCAAGUCAAAACGAAAUUUUAUCAGAACUCAUAAAAUUGGGGAAAAGUGUGAUUCCCAAUGAGGAGGCUGAACUUGAUUCAUUAGAAUGUGACUCUGGAUUAAAAAUUGCGGAAAGUCACAUACGCGCUGCACCACUGUCUCCACAUCCUGAUCACAUGGGACAAGAGUUGGACUUCGUCGACAAAUUCAGACCGGUUGUUAUUGACGGCAGCAAUGUGGCAAUGAGGUAGGUACCAUUAAUAUCGAUAGAUGACAAAUAAGUACCAUAGAAUUCGACCAUUACUACCCUCGAGGUAGGUAACGUUAUAUGGGUAGUAAUGAGGCAAUGAUGGACAAGAGGAAAUGAUCGCUGGUAAAGUUAGGCUAAAAUUAGGACAGCUGGUAAGGAUGACAUGAGGUUGGUAAGAGUGGACAUGUGGAAAGGACCGAUGGCGAGGAAGGACAUGAGGUAAGGACCGU